AUGUCGUCCAAGGUAAAACAAGACGGCAAGGCGCCGACCUCGGCCGCUGUGAACCUCAUUGCCGGAGGUGGUGCAGGUAUGAUGGAGGCAUUGGCAUGUCAUCCCCUCGACACGAUCAAGGUCCGAAUGCAGCUGUCGCGGCGCGCGAGGCAGCCCGGCGCACCCAAGCGCGGCUUCAUCAAGACGGGUGUCGAGAUUGUUAAGAAGGAGACGCCGUUGGGUCUGUACAAGGGUCUCGGUGCCGUUCUGACGGGUAUCGUGCCUAAAAUGGCCAUCCGCUUCACGAGUUUCGAGGGGUACAAGAAUGCUUUGGCGGACAAAAACACGGGAGUUGUCAGUGGACAGGCGACAUUCUUGGCCGGUCUCGCUGCGGGCGUCACGGAAGCCGUCGCCGUCGUAACGCCUAUGGAGGUUAUCAAGAUCCGCCUCCAGGCACAACACCACAGCAUGGCUGACCCUCUCGAUAUCCCAAAGUACCGCAACGCCGCGCACGCGCUCUACACGGUCGUCAAAGAGGAAGGCUUCGGCGCGCUUUACCGCGGCGUGUCGCUGACGGCUCUGCGCCAGGGCAGCAACCAGGCCGUCAACUUCACGGCUUACUCGUACUUCAAGGAGGCCCUCAAGAAGUACCAGCCCGAGUUUGAGAAGACGACGCUGCCGGGCUACCAGACGACUCUGAUUGGUCUCGUCAGUGGCGCCAUGGGCCCGUUGAGUAAUGCGCCGAUCGAUACCAUCAAGACGAGGCUGCAAAAGACGCCGGCCGAGUAUGGCGUUAGCGCGUGGAGUCGCAUCACCAAGAUUUCGGCUGAUAUACAAGAAGGAUUCCACGCCUUCUACAAGGGCAUCACGCCGCGUAUCAUGCGAGUUGCGCCCGGCCAGGCUGUGACGUUCACCGUCUACGAAUUCCUCAAGGAGAAGCUGGAGAAGAGCAACCUCGCCUUCUCUGGAGCUGGCUACGAAGAGUGA